UUGGUGCUUUUCAUCUCCAUCUGCACGCACACUCUCUCUCUCUCUCUCUCUCUCCGUGCAUAAUUUUUCUGCUUAGCUUCAGACAGAGCUCUCUUUCUCUCAGUUGCAGUACUUGACUAUUCGUCUACUUGGAUUGCUUUGAGUUAGAUUGGAGCUAUUGACGUUUGGAAGAUAGGUAAAGCGUUUUGAGGUGUUUGUGGAGAUGGAAAGUAUCGUACCAGGACGGCUCGCAGGCUGGGAAAUUCAUGGCUUCCGUACAAUGGAUGAUUUGGAUUUUGGCAGCAUCAAGGAGGAAGCAACGUCAAGAUGGUUGCGACCAAAUGAGAUUCAUGCCAUAUUGUGUAACUAUAAAUAUUUCACCAUCAAUGUCAAGCCAGUGAACAUGCCAAAAAGUGGUAGAAUUGUGUUCUUUGACCGUAAAAUGCUCAGAAACUUUCGUAAAGAUGGUCAUAACUGGAAGAAAAAAAAUGAUGGGAAGACUGUUAAAGAAGCUCAUGAACACUUGAAGGUCGGUAAUGAAGAAAGGAUUCAUGUAUAUUAUGCUCGGGGUGAAGAUAACCCAACCUUUGUUCGUAGAUGUUACUGGCUACUUGACAAGACGCUGGAACACAUAGUCCUUGUCCAUUAUCGUGAAACUCAAGAGUCGCAGGAUUCUCCAGCCACACCUGUGAAUUCAAAUUCUAGUUCAGCCCACUCAGACCCAUCUGCUUCGUUGGUAUUAUCAGAAGAAACUGAUUCUGGUUAUGAUCCUGCAUAUUACACUGCUGAGAAAGCACAAUUCGGUGAUGGUAAUGGAACUUCUACCAAUCCAACUCUAUUACGUGAGCCAGAUGACAGCAUCAUCCUCAAAGACCAUGAAAUCAAACUUCACGAGAUCAACACACUGGAAUGGGAAGAGCUUUUGGUGCCAGAUUCCAAGUUUACUGGGCCUGACCAAGUUCUUUUGGCAGGAAAAAAUGAGCAGCAGAAUCAAUUUGGUACAAAUGGACUCAUGAGUAACGUUGCCAUCCAAUCAGCCAAUGAAUUACUGACGGAAAAUUCUUUUGGAAGUCUCACUGAGCCAGUUUCCCGGAGUAACUACAUUCAAUUCGACACGCCGGACAAUCUUUUCCUUCAGGGUAUAGAAGGUCAAACUGAUUCAAGUUUCCAGAGAAAGGAUUCUCAACUGGUUACAGUGGGAACUGGUGAUUCUUUAGGCGUUCUAGGCAACGAUGGUUUGCAAACUCAAGACAGUUUCGGGAGGUGGAUGAACUACAUCAUGUCUGAUUCACCAGGAUCAGUGGAUGAUCCGCAUCUCGAAUCUUCAAUUCCAAUUGGUCAAGAACCGUCUAUGUCUCCAAUGAUGAAUCACCCUCAAUCAUCUGUCCCCAGUGAACUAUUCAGCAUUACUGAUGUCUCUCCUGCGUGGGCUUUUUCAACUGAAGAGACUAAGAUUCUUAUCACUGGAUUUUUUAAUGAAGGGCAUCCACAGCUUGAUAAGUCCAAACUAUAUUGUGUAUGUGGAGAUGCAUAUAGCCCUGCUCAAAUUGUCCAAUCUGGAGUAUUCCGUUGUUUUGUUUCACCACACCAAGAGGGAUUAGUAAAUCUGUAUUUGAGUUUUGACGGCCACAGUCCCAUCAGCCAAGUUCUAACCUUUGAGUAUCGUACUCCACUGAAGCAGGACCCUGUUAUUUCUGUGGAAGAUAAGUCAAAGGCAGAAGAGUUUAUAGUUCAGACGAGGCUUGCUCACUUGCUCUUUUUUACUUCUAAGAGCCUUAAAAUUUUAUCAAGUAAAGUAUCACCAAAUGCCGUCAAAGAAGCCAAAAUCUUUGCUCGCAAAACUUCCCAAAUUGCUGAUGGUUGGGCACAGGUGAUCGAAUCAAUUGAAAAUAACAGAAUGACAGUUGAACGAGCAAAAGAAAGCUUCUUCGAGCUUACGCUGAGGAACAAACUCUAUGAAUGGCUGCUGGAAAGAGUAGUUGAAGGGUCUAAAACUUCUGACUACGAUGAUCAUGGUCAAGGAGUAAUCCAUUUGUGUGCUAUCCUUGAUUAUACAUGGGCUGUCUUACCAUAUUCGUUCUCGGGCUUAUCAUUGGACUAUCGGGACAAAUUUGGAUGGACAGCUCUUCAUUGGGCUGCAUAUUACGGAAGGGAGAAAAUGGUUGCUGCCCUUCUAUCUGCUGGGGCGAAGCCAAACUUGGUGUCUGACCCAACUUCAGAGAACCCAAGCGGAUCCAUGGCAUCUGAUCUAGCAUCUAAGAACGGUUAUGACGGUUUAGCUGGUUAUCUUGCAGAAAAGGCUUUAGUGGAACACUUUAAGGAUAUGACAAUAGCUGGAAACGUCAGUGGUUCAUUGCAAACUACAACUCCUGAAUUAGUAAAUUCUGGGAACCUAGAUGAAGAGGAGUUGUAUCUGAAGGACACUCUGUCAGCUUAUCGGACGGCUGCUGAUGCAGCAGCACGUAUACAGGCUGCAUUCAGGGAGCAGUCUUUUAAGCAAAGGACAAAGGCUGCUCAGGUUUCCAGCCCAGAGGAUGAAGUACGCACCAUAAUCGCAGCAAUGAAGAUCCAACAUGCAUUUCGGAAGUAUGAGACAAGGAGAAAGAUGGCUGCUGCUGCCCGAAUUCAAGAUAGGUUCCGUACUUGGAAGAUAAGGAAAGAUUUUCUCAAUAAGCGACGUCAAGCCAUGAAAAUUCAAGCUGUUUUCCGCGGCUUCCAAGUCAGGAGGCAAUAUCGGAAGAUUAUAUGGUCAGUCGGAGUUCUUGAAAAAGCAAUUUUACGUUGGCGUAAGAAGAAAAGAGGCUUUCGUGGGCUUCAGGUUUGCCCUGAUGAAGCUGUGAAUGAUCAGAAGCAAGAAAGUGAAGUGGAGGACUUCUUCCGAGUCAGCAGGAACCAAGCUGAAGAGCGAGUGGAGAGGGCUGUUGUACGUGUCCAGUCCAUGUUUCGGUCAAAGAGAGCACAAGAAGACUAUCAUAGGAUGAAAAUGGCCCAUAAUGAAGCAAUGCUGGAGUACAAAGGACUUGUCACUCCUGAAUAUGAUAUGGGAUAAGGGAUGACUAAAGUUUCCCAGAUUUCAGGUAAUAUUUACUUGGAAACUUACUCAGUACUGCACUGACAAAAGAAAAGAUCUCAAGGGCAAGUUUGUGUUCUUGGCUGCAACAGGUAGAUUUUGUAAAUUCCUAGAUUGGUGUAGUCCUAUUUAGAUUUGGCCCUUCUGUGUGUUUUUAAGAAAAGCGAGGCGGCCGUGGUCUGUUUCAGUAUCUGUCCUUAUGGUUUGGGUACAUUCUCUCUUUGAUAGUGGUCACUUGGUUAGUGAUAUCUUCACGAACAAACCUAAUCCUAAUGUUUCGGGAUGAUUUCGAACAAUUUGUACCAUUUGGUCUGUGCUCAAAAUUUCUUCUGUGGGAAGUAGGAUCUUUUCCACGUUAA